AUGGCUGCGUGGAGCUGGGUGGCCUACACAGUACUAGAAGUGCUUAUUGCUGCAGCGUGUUGCUUUGGUAACGUGUUGGUGAUGUGUGCUGUGUGUUUCGGUGUCCGGGAUUCCCUUCGGGAACCAACAUUCUGCUUCCUCGUGUCCUUGGCGGUGGCUGACUUCCUUGUGGGUGUGGCCGCUGUGCCCCUUGCAGUAUUAUUGGAUGGCUGGGUGAGUCUAAUCCCUGAGUUGUGCCUGCUUCUCAGCUGUGUUGUGCUGGUGUUGACGCAGGCAUCUGUGCUGUCACUGCUGGCGAUUGCUGUGGACCGAUACCUGCGCUUGCACACACCACUCAGGUACAAAGCCUUGGCCACACAAAGGCACACAUGGAUCGGCGUGUCUGUUUGCUGGAUACUUUCAUGUCUCCUUGGCUUCACUCCUCUAUUCGGCUGGCACAAUUACUCCUCCCCAGCAUCUGAUUCUACCAACACAUCGUCCACGUCUUUCAUCCGUCCGCCGUGCACUUUCCUCUCAGUUAUCUCCCUCCCUUUCAUGGUCUACUUCAACUUUCUCGGAUGUGUCGUGGCCCCCCUGCUGGUCAUGACCCUCCUCUACGCUCGAAUCUUUUGGAGCCUACAGGGACGUCUAAAGGACAGCUGCCCUCAGACCCAGGCCUCUCUGCUCAGGGAGAAGAGGCUGGCCUGCUCCCUGGCUCUCGUCCUCAUCUUGUUUGCUGGCUGCUGGAUUCCUCUCCACCUGAUGAACUGUCUGCUGUUGUUUCAAGGCCCUCAGGCUGUCACACAGGGAUCGCUCUAUACAGGUAUUCUCCUGUCUCACGCCAACUCAGCAGUCAACCCUGUGAUCUAUGCCUGUCGCAUCCCAAAGAUCCAGCAGGCCUACGGUCAGUUAUGGAGGCGCUUCCUUGCGUGGUUAAACUGUUGCCAUCGGGAAAAAGCAGGUUCGCAGAUCAUUAACAUGCAGCUGAGCCAUUAACAUGCACAUCUGGAUAAAGAUGGACGACCAGUCUCCAAUACGGAGCCUUUGGGACUUUGUCAGGAAGUUUCUAUCUACUCAUAGAAUCUGUGUUCAACCAUCAUGUAAAGCUUUAUUAAAGCGAAUCACAUAGACUGGGGGAGGUUGAGUGUAAUUUCCAUUUAUGGAAAUUUGUGCAAACUUUAUUCUACAGACAGCAAUUUCCUGUGUCUCCACUAGAGGGCGGCACACACUAACAAACGGCACAGCUCCUGUUCGA